CAGGAUGGCGCACAUCUGCCUCCUUGCGCUCAUUGGCCUUCCGGGAGCCGGCAAGUCAACCCUCUGCGGCUGGCUGCUCGGCCAGCAGGCUGCCCUGCGGUCUCGCCACCUUGUUCAUCUCUGCUACGACGACUUUCUUAACGCCCGACCCACUUCCUCCGAGCUGCCGUACAAGGAGCAGCGUGCGCUGAUCUUUUCACUCCUUAGACAAAUCGUCUCCGCCAUUCGGGAAGGUGCCGCUUGGCCUGGCCAAGUCCGGCGCACGACUGCCGGCAACAGUAACGGGUCCGAUGGCGACUAUCUAAUCCUGUGCGACGACAACUUCUACUACCGCAGCAUGCGCUACAAGCUGCACCAGCUGUGCCGCGAUGCAGGCUGCGUCUUUGGCCAGAUUCACGUCGACAGUUCCCUGGACUCCUGCCUGCAAGCCAAUGCAAGGCGAAGAGGCAACGACCGCGUGCCCGAUGCUGUAAUCCGAGAAAUGCACGAAAGAAUGGAGGCGCCGGGAUCGGAGGCCUGGGAAUCUAACAGCCUGACAGUGGCCAGCGCAGAUCCCGAGGUCGCGGGCUCUAUGAUACUCAAUUUCAUCAAUUCCCUGAAUGCCAAGCUGGUUUCGGAACAGUCGUUACCAGCAACUGGGCAGGAUCAGCAGCAGGAACAAUCCCUGGCCCACGGCCUAGAUCUGCUGUUGCGAGGGCGAAUCAAGACACUGCUGAACGGAAUGCCGCAGCCGGCGGACAAGCGGACGGCGAGCGCGAGACUAAACGAGGAAAGGAAGCGGAUACUGACACGGUUCCGGAUAGAUGCGGGUGCGGGCCGGCAGGCAGACCUAAAGUACUACGUACAUUUGUUAAACUAGCCUAAGAUAAGCUUAAUUCGUUUGAUUUGUUAUUUGACCGGAGGCAGCGCCGUGUCUGUAUUAAAACUAGAUUUAUUUAGCUCAAAAAAA